CAAGAAGAGCCCAAGAAAGACCAAGCCAGCCCAGAUCCAUCAAAUAUGACCAUAACCCCCUCAAAUACACCCUCUCCAUCACACAGCCACAACCUCCAGCAGAAGCUAUAACCAUGGCCGACGAAAUCCCAACAACCCAACCUCAACCUCAACCUCAACCUCCACCUUUGCAACAACCCGACCCCGACCCCCAACAACACCCACCACCCUCCGAAAAAGACAAACUCAUGGCUCAAGACUCCGCGGCAAAUACCCCCGGCGGUGAGUCCGCCGCUGCGACACCCAUCGCCAACACGCAGGUUCGGCCCGGGGGCGCCCCAGCCCGAGUGUACAUGAAUGAGAAGAUCGUGCCGUAUUUGUUGGAAGGGAUGAAGAGUGUGACGAAGGAGCAGCCGCCAAACCCCCUCCGCGUACUCGGCGAAUUCCUGAUCCAGAAAAGUAAUGAAGUCGAACAAGGGGUGGCUGCGAAGACACCGGAGUAAAGCUCUGUAUAUGGUACUGGGGAUCUUUUUGCUGGACGUGUCGUGUCGAUUGCGCGAUGGCGUCAUGAGCUGGAUUCGCCACUUGGCGUGUAGCCAAUGCGAUACUGCUGUACGCGGGUCUAAUCCUGGCUUUGCCGAGAAGAUAGAGGGUAUAAGAGGAAUAGGCUGCGCGGUAGCAAUUAUGGCUAUCCAUGCUGAGAUAUCGAGAGCCGAGGGCUCUUGGUUAGGACUGUGUCCUCGCGGCCUGUCCGGUUCCGGCUGGUGGUUUGCAUGGCCAUGUGGUUACGAGGUUAUGAUAUAGAUGGACAAAAUCUUGUGUGGUUGAGUUGGGCUUGGCUAUACUGUGUCUAGAUGAUAAAGCAUAUGGGUAUACUGUCUGAAACGAGGGAAAGUUACUUGCAUGUUGCCGAGCAUCGAGAUCAUAUUGUGGUACACAUCUAAAC